AUGGAUGCGACAUGUGUAAAGCCUCUGCUCAUGCGCCUUGCGACACGCCAAGACGCACGUCGCAUCGCGGAGAUUCACAUGGCGGCUUUUGGCCCCAAUGCCAUGCUCCGCGCCCAGUUUCCAACCCCCGCUGUUCGCCGAGCGUUGCAGAUAGCCAUCGAGAACAAGGUCCUCGCCGACAUUGACGACCCUAAAACGACUGUGCUUGUGGUGACUGUUGGUUCCAAUGAUCCGGAGAAGAGUCUCGAUAACGUCAUCUCGUUUGCCAAAUGGUCAACCCCCGUAGAUCCCGGUGAGGACUACAUCGAGCCGCCCUGGAUAUGGCCAGAAGGCACCGACCUGGACACCCUGGCAGCUUGGGUCGCCCGGGCUGCUGAGGCUGAGAGUCGUUCCGUCGGGAGUACUCCUUGCUACCGCCUCUCCUUCAUCGGCACCGAGCCCUCUUACUGUGGCCGCGGAGCUGGAUCCCUUUUGCUGCAGUGGGGUAUCCAGCGGUCCAACACGAGUGGCUCACCACUGUAUCUAGAGAGCACCAAGGAGGCGGCCGCUUUCUACAAGAAGAAUGGCCUCACAGCUGGUGAGGUAAUUUCUCUCCCCAUUCGCAUUGACGGUGUUUCCGAGACUCAAAUCUACAAGGAGAUUGUAUUCACCUAUCACCCUGUACAGUAG